UUGUAACUUUAGUCGUUCCACUGAAAGGCAAGCUGAGAGAGCCUGAGCAUUUGUGCAGGCGGAGAAGGAGGUUACAAUCCAGAACUUUUGGUGUUAUUGUUCGCCGCUGUAAAAGGUGUUAAGUUCUGUCUCCUGUUGCACGCAAACAGAUUUCAACGCUUUCCGAAAUCAAGCUUAGAGCUAAACUAACGUUGGCCAAUUACACGUAACGUCGUUGAAUGGAAGCAGCAUCCUUUAUUUUUUCGUUGAAUUACUUAGAAUUGGAAAAGCAGGAAAAAAAAAUAAAGGAUAUGAAGGUUGGAAUUGUAUUUUUGUUGUUCGCCGCGGUCUGCGAAUCGUACAGGAUCCUAUGUAUAUUUCCGCACCAGAUGAAAAGCCAUUUCGACGUGUUCGAGCCGCUUUUAAAGGAACUAAGUGCAAGGGGGCACGAUCUAACAGUUAUUAGCCAUUUCCCGCAAAAACGGAAAAUCUCUCGGUAUACGGAUAUAAGCUUAAAAGGUAGCGCGGAUAUACUUGUCGAGGCGGUUUCCUUAAAUCAAAUCAACCCGUCUCGGAUAGACAAAUAUUUAACGUCGCGUUUCAUAACGCGUUUUGCAAACAUCGUGUGCCAGAAGGGCUUAUCUCUUCCAGCAGUGAGAAACUUACAUCAGGAUGGAUGCAAAUUCGAUCUGGUCAUUGCCGAAUUCUUCAGCAGCAAUUGCUUCCUGUCCUUGCUGAACCAAUGCCGCGUUCCAUUAAUUGCGACCAGCUCAUGCGAAUUACUGCCGUGGAUUAAUGACUUCUUUGCGAAUCCAGAUAAUCCCUCCUAUAUCCCUAUAGUUUUUAUGGAUUACUAUAAGAUGGGAUUUAUCGAGAGGCUUGAGAACGCCUUUCUCUAUAUGGCAAACAAAGUGCUCUAUGAAUACUUCAGCGUCUGGGACGCGAACAGCGCGGCCAAGGCUAAUUUCAACGUGCAGAACGUCGAGAGAUUUGCCUUUAAUGCGAGUUUGAUGUUGGUCAAUUCCUACUUCGCAUUGAAUAGAGCUAGGCCCUUUGUACCUUCCAUUAUUGAAGUCGGCGGCAUUCACCUGCAAGAACCUAAACAACUUCCUUUGAAUAUCGAGAAAUGGAUAAACGAAUCCAAGGAUGGGGUGAUCUAUUUUAGCAUGGGUUCAAUGAUCAAAGGGCAUACAUUUCCAGAGCACAAGAAGCAGGCGUUCCUGAGGGCUUUUGGUCGUCUCAAGCAGCGAGUCCUGUGGAAAUGGGAAAACGACACGAUGCCUGGAAAACCUGACAACGUAAUGAUCCAAAAGUGGAUGCCGCAGUUUGACAUCUUGUGUCAUCCAAAUGUGAAGGGCUUUGUGUCGCACGGAGGCCUCUUGGGCACAACUGAAGCAGUCCAUUGUGGUGUUCCAGUGGUCGUAAUGCCCCAAUUUGGGGACCAGCACACGAAUGCCAGAGCUUUGGAAGCUGGCGGUGGCGGAAUUGUCCUUGACUUCCACAAUAUCGAAGAAGAUACGGUUUACAGAGCCCUGAAAACCAUCCUCGACCCCGAGUUUAACAAGAAGGCGAAACAAUUGUCGGAAAGAUUUAGAGAUAGACCCAUGCCACCAUUGGAGACUGCAAUUUAUUGGAUCGAAUAUGUUGCCAGGCAUAAGGGAGCGGACCAUAUGAGAACUGCGGCCGUUAAUAUGCCAUUUUACCAGUACCUUCUUUUGGAUGUCAUAGCAUUCUUGAUCUUGGCGUUGGCUUUCACGAUAUUUAUCGUUUACCAUACCAUUAGAAUUACUUGUGGCAUGUGCUGUAAGAAAACACAAAAAGUCAAGAAAUCUUAAGACAUUUUGUUUCUU